CACCUUCCGGAGCCGUCCCUUGAGAAAGACGCGGGGGUGGAGCGCACUCCGGAGGUGCAGCCUUUUCCUCUUGUGACGCCUGAGAGCGGCAAAGUCGCGGGGAAGCAGGAAGUUUCCAGCAAUGGAUCCCUUUUUGGAUUUGCUGCACUCGAUUUCAAGGGCCUUGUCGCCCGCGGAGCUCAAAGACCUCAAAUUUCUUUGCAGGAGCCAUAUUGGUAAAAAAAAACUGGAGGAUGUGAGCAGUGGCAACGAGCUAUUCACGAUUCUCCUGGAACAGGAAAAAAUUGCGUACAAUGAUGUGGGGGCUUUGAGACACAUGCUUACAUGUCUGCACAGAGAAGAUCUACUAACCCAGCUGGAGCAGUACGUCAAAACAGCGGAUGGUGAUCCAGAUCAUCAGCCAGAUGAUAAACAGAAAUAUAAACUGAAGAGAGCAUUUGAAGUCAUAUGUGAACAUGUUGGAAGAAACUGGAAAACGCUUGCUCGAACACUUGGAAUUUCAGAUGCCAAGUUAGAAAGGAUUAUGGUUGCUAAUCCCUACAAUUUGGAAGAACAAUUGAUGCAAUCACUUGUAGAAUGGCAAAAAUCAAAAGGAAAGGAAGCAAAGGUGGAGGAUAUAAUAAAAGCUCUCAGGAACUGUCGAAUGAAUUUAGCAGCAGAUUAUGUUGAAGAAGCUGUGAAAGAAAUUGAAGAGAUUGGGCUGGCAUUGAAUUAAGGAUUCACAAAAGAAGACUGUUUAUCUGCCCUGGAAAAUAAUGGGAAUUUGUAGUUAAGUAAAUAUAUUACAUUGAAUUUUAAUUCAAUUGAAUUCAGCUGCCUAAGUGAUUUACUAUUAAAGGCUAACUACAAGCCAGAUCUCAGCAAGACUCUUAUAAGAAUCAAAUUUCAACACAAUAUGAGCCAGUUCUUAUCUGUUUGGUCCCUUUCAGAUAUGUUAGGGCUACAAAUCCUAAUCAAUAUGACUGGAGAUCUUUUGGAAUUGCAGUUCCCAUUCAUGUAGAGGGCAAUAGCUUGGGAAAACCAGACAAGUCCAUUUCAUAUAUUUAGAUGGGAACACAGCCAGGGCUUUCCUUGCAACGAGUGUGAAGAAAUAAAAUGUGCCUUGUCUGAAUUUCUUGGGUUUCUUGGCAAUUUAAAAUCAGAGCCAGCCAAAAGUAUACAUGGGAUUUUAUAGUUGUGCCUUCAUUUCUAUUUUCUAAGCUGUGGAUGGGCUGAUAGUAUGUAAUAAGGAACAAGAAGGCAAAAUCUUAUUUCUGCAUCAUAAAUAGCUUCUUGUUCCUCUUGCAGUAUGUAGGAAUAUAAUUUCUACUGACGGUACAGUUUGGAGUUAUUACAGAUGAGCUACUUAUAUUAAUUUUCAAUAAUUUAAAUGUGCUGUGUAAAUUAGAUAUUUAAAAAAAUACAAUAAUGUCUGAUAGAAUCAUUUUCAAUUUAAGUUUCAUACCAGCAUUAGGCAGCGUAAGUGUGUACUUAGCUCAGAAGCCCUUAUUAACUUAGACCCUGAGAGAAUCAUUUUUCUUUUCCCCUGCAUUCCUGGCUAUUGGAAGGAAGAAGACCAAGAGAAGAGCAGAUGGCAGAAUGAAAAGCAAAAAUGAUUUCACUGGUUUUAGACUGUACCCAACGCUCAUGUCCAACAAAUAAUUUUAAAGAUAAGGUGGCCCUCAACUAGUGCCUGGGCUGCAGAAAUGAAUGCUCAUUAGAUGGCAGCAAAGUGACACAGGAAAACAUUUUAACAUUUUGCUUUCACAUAAUAGUUUACCAAAUUUUUGUAGUCAAAUUUGCAAAGUUCUACUUCAGUUAAAAGAUUUUCCUAAUUUUGCAUGCCUUUAAGUUUCUAUAUAAACAUAGACAGUUAAUUCAUGAGCCUAUUAAGAUGAACAUAAGAAAUAUUCCUGUAUCUUAUGUUCAUCUUAAUAGGCUCAUGUAUUUUCCAGUAACUCAGAAUGCAAUGGCCUGUAGCAGCUUAAUUUUCAGUUGUGAAAAGUAAUAAUAAAAAAUCAUAUGGACUCCUUUCAAGCUAGCAUAUGCUAAUAGCUAACAGUGGGACAUGGUCUUAAGCUGUUUCCUUGUGAAAACAUGAGUCACUUAGGUGAGAUGGGCAUUGUAGAAAUGUGAUGAAUAAAUAUAAAUAAAUCUACAAAACAACUUUGGUCCCCUAAAUUGAUGUAUCAGAUUUUGCAUAAUCCCAAACUGGAUAGAGUUGGAGCAUCUGAGUAGAGUGAAAUCAUGGGUACAAAUCUUAAAGUGGUUGUGUUAUUAAUUCAAUUACCCAAAGAAUCUUGUAAAAUAUCAAACAAAUGGUCAUCAAUUAUGGCCUUACCCACUUUGGAUCACA